GGAUUAUCCUGAUCCCUGUAGGGGGUGAACCUGGUCCCUGUGGGGGGAGCAGGCUGUAGGGGGUGAUCCCACCCCUUGUGAGGGGGAAUAGACCAGAGAGAAUAAGUCUGUGCCCCCCGGAGGGGGGGGGAAUAGACUGCCAGGGAUCAUUGUGGCCCCUGGCAGGGGGAAUAGAUUGUAACUGGGAUGAUCCUGCCCCAGCAAGAGGGGGAUUAAACUGUAGGAGCUGAUCCUGGUUCCCAGAUGGAAGGGGACUCCUGUAAGUGGGCGGGUUUCCCAGCCCCAUAACCACCCUGCUACCGUGAGACCCCUGCGAGCCGGGACCCCCAGCCUGGCCUUGCAGCACCUCUCAGGGAAGAUGCCCAUGCCGUGAAGGGCCACAUCUGGGCAGGGUCCCGCUAGAGGCUGCCCCCAGCCUCUGACCCAGGAUGGAGCCACUGAAGAACCUGCUGCGGAAGGGCGCAUGGGGGCCGGAGCGGAGUGGCGGGGCGGCUUACACCAACCCGGUGUGGACAGCGCUCUUCGACUACGAGGCGGCAAGCAGCGACGAGCUCAGCCUGCGCCAGGGGGACCGCGUGGAGGUGCUGUCGUGGGAUGCCACUGUGUCUGGUGAUGAGGGCUGGUGGGCAGGCCGAGUGCGGAGCCAGGUGGGCAUCUUCCCCUCCAGCUACGUCUCCUUGCAGCCCGUCGGCUAUGGCGAGGCUCCAGUUCACGCCGACUUCCGGGAGCUGCGGCUGGAGGAGGUGAUUGGGGUGGGGGGCUUCGGCAAGGUGUACCGCGGCAGCUGGAAGGGCGAGCUGGUAGCGGUGAAGGCGGCGCGCCAGGACCCGGAUGAAGACAUCAGUGCCACAGCGGAGAGUGUGCGCCAGGAGGCCCGGCUCUUCGCCAUGCUGCGCCACCCCAACAUCAUCACCCUCAAGGCCGUCUGCCUGCAGGAGCCCAACCUGUGCCUGGUGAUGGAGUAUGCGGCUGGGGGCCCACUCAGCCGCGCCCUGGCCGGGCGCAGGAUCCCUCCCCAUGUGCUGGUGGACUGGGCGGUACAGAUUGCCAGGGGCAUGCAGUACCUGCACUGCGGGGCCAUCGUACCUGUCAUCCACCGCGACCUCAAGUCCAACAACAUGGAGCCCGCCGAGAGCAGCCAGAGCUGGGGCAGACAGGCACCACGCCGCACAGAUGAGGCCUGGAAUGGGGAGCGCCGCCCUGGCAAGAAUUGGGGUCCCGGAUCCCCCAAGCCCUGGGAGGGCAGCACCCAAAAUGGCAGAAGGAGGUCCCGGCCGGAGGAGACAACCUGGUAUGUUGAGCCGGAGGAGCCCAAUCCUGUGGAGCCGGCCCCACCCCAGCCUGCCCUGAACGGUGAUGUCCUCUCUCUAGGCCCCAACGGGACCCAGGAGUCCGAGGAGCAGCGGGCACCGGCUCCGGAGCGUAUCAGCACCCCCAAACUCAUCCAGAGAGCACUGCUGAGAGGCACAGCACUGCUGGCCUCUCUUGGGCUGGGCCGGGACCUGUCACAGGCCCGACGGGAGGAGAAGGGGGAGCCCCCACCCGUGUCCACCCCCCCGCCUUCUCCUGAGCUCAUCCGCUUCUCCCCCAAGGACACACACUGCCCCGCCCUGCUGGUGGAGCUGGACCAGGGUGGGCUGGCCCGGACGCCAGGGUCCACGAAGGAGGACCAGGAGGGGCUGGCCCGGACACCAGAGUCCGUGGAGCAGGGCCAGGAGGGGCCGGCCCAGACACCAGGGUCCACGGAGCUGCUCAUCCACCUGGUCCCAGGUGGUGACAGAGGGUCCCUGACCCCCUUGUGGGGUCAGAGGUCACCAAAGAGCCCAGGAUGUGAGGAGGAGUGGAGUCCUGGCAGCAGGGCGGAUAAGUGGGGUGGGUCCCUCCCAUCGCCCUCAUCCCCCUGCAGCCCCCACUCGCCACGCCCCUCCCCACACACCAGCCUCAUCUCCCGGCCCCGCCCCUCCCCUGUGCGCAGCCGCAUCGACCCCUGGAGUUUUGUGUCGGCUGGGCCCCGUCCCUCCCCAGCCCAGUCCCCCCAGCCAGAGCCACGCCGGUGUCGGGCGGGGACCCCCGACUCCAGCAACCCCUUCAUGACCUCCGACCCCUUCUUCCACCCCUCACCGGGACCUUUUGACUCGGAGACCUUCGACCCUUUUGCCUCGGCACCCAGAUUGACCGGUCUCUCCUGCCGCCUGGACCAUGGCCAGCUCAGUCCCUACCCCUCGCCCCCUCCACGCCUCUCCUCUGGCUUUCCUGACCCUCUGGAGCAGACCAAAGAGACCCACCCCCUGCCAUGGUGGGUGGCCAGAUCCCCGCAGGAGGACAGCAGAGUCCCAAAGUGAAAUGGGCGAUACAGGAAGUCCUGGCCUCUUUGGACAGUUGCACACAGGAAGUCCUACAACGAAAGUGGGCAAUACUGGAAGUCCCACCCUCCUCAGACUUUGCAUGGAGGAAGUCCCGCCCUCUUUGGACAAUUGCACACUGGAAGUCCUGCCCUCCUCAAGUUCUGGGCACAGGAAGUCCCAUCUUGCAUGGAUCAUUGUACCAGAUACAAGGCUCAGGUUGGGGUGGUCUCUGUGUUGGAUGUUUGGGGAGUGAGGGGAGCUUACACUAUACACUGGAAAGGUGGGGGAAUUCGGGGGAGCUCCUGUGGGGUAACUGGGGCACCUCCCCUCUCCUUAAAGAAGAGACUAACAAUGGCUUGGACACCCUCUGAGCCUGGUGCCAUGUUACACAUGGCAUGAGGUUGUCAGGUCUCUGCCAAACUCCCACCCUGGUCCUCAGAACCACUGCAUAGGUAGCGAUCACUGUUUGGGAGUGAGGGGCACUGGCAGAGCUGGGGGAGCCCAGGGCUGGGAUAGAAGGAGUGAGAGGCACUGGCUCAGCCUAUCUGUUAUUGAACACUAAUAGUGGGCCCCCUCUGUUCCCAGCGGGGGGUUCUGGUGUCUGGGUUGGGGACCAGCCACCCCUCCCACAAGGUAGCAGCCCCUUUUGCUGAGAGCAGGGGGUGUCUUGGGGAUAUCCCUGGGUGGGGGGGAGGACACUGGGAGGGGUCGAUUCGGGAUCACCCCCCCCUUGCUACAUUCCCGAGCACGGACUGGCUGCAGGUGAGCAUGCGCCUUG